AUGGCCAUGGGCGUAUACCAGGUGGACGACGACGACGACUACCAGGUGGACGCGGAGAACUUCUUGAUCUUUCCAGGGCGGCCGAGACCGAAAAGGGUAGCGGCACCAGAGAAGGUACUUCAGUACACCACCCUUGGAAUUGGGUACACGCAGAUCUCCAGAGACAUGCUGAAGCUUUCGAAAGAGAAAAAACUUUGUGAGGAGGUCUUCGAAGACGAAGACCAAAAGGAUCUAGAUCACCUGGUGGUCAACAGAGGAUCAGGAGGAGAGAUCUUUGGACCCAGUGGCAAGACCAAAAAGUUCGAGAUCACCACAGUGGUCACCACAACGGAGAAGCCCUUUGGCAAGAUCGAGAUCACCACCAUGGAGGAGCUCUUUCAGCUCUUUGGCCCCCUUGGCAAGACAGAAAAGUUCGAGAUCACCAUCACCACAGUGGUCACCACAACAGCCACAACGGAGAAGCCCUUUGGCAAGAUCGAGAUCACCACAAUGGAGGAGCUCUUUGGCCUGGCCGCCUGGCCCGCCCCCUUGGCAAGACCGAAAAGGUCGGGGUCGCAGACGGUCGCAGCGACAGCGACAUGGGAGCUCUUUGGCGGCGGGACGGCAGAUGCUGAUGCUGCCAUGGGUCCUUCUGCCGCUGAUCCCCCACCAUCUGCAGCUGCGGAAGCAUCCGAUGGGCCAGCAUCAGAGAUGAAAGAG